CCCUCUGAGAGAGCCCCACCAUGUCUGGGAGAGUCGGUAUCAUUGGAGGUGGGUCGUCCGGCAUUACAGCCGUCAAAAAUUUGCUGGACGCCGGGUUUUCUGAUGUCGUCUGCUACGAGAGGAGGGACGUUAUCGGUGGUCUAUGGUGCUUCAAGGAAAACACCUCCACCUGGAAGGAUGAGUCCUGUGUCAACAGGUCAACGGUCAUCAACACCAGCAAGGAGUUCAUGGCCUUCUCAGACUACCCGAUGCCAGACUACUACCCCAACUUUUGCCACAACGAGGAUGUGGAGGCUUAUUUCUUGGAUUACAGCCAACAUUUUGGUGUGGACAAAUACAUCCAGAGAAACACAGAGGUCAUGUACCUCAAGAAACACAGCUCCUAUAACAGCACUGGCCGAUGGGAAAUGAGAUUAAAAAACCAUAAAACUGGCCAGGAGACCACAGAAGUUUUCGACUUUAUUAUUGUGGCCAAUGGUCAUCACGGGGCACCGAACCUGCCGUCUAUUCCAGGACUGGACAAGUUUAAAGGCAAGACCAUGCAUUCAAAAGAGUUUAAAGACGUCCGAUCUGUGGAGGGUAAAAAGGCAGUGGUUCUUGGAAUAGGGAAUUCUGGAGGCGACAUUUCUGUGGAACUAAGUAAAUAUAUGAAGGUGUUUCUGUCUACAAGACGAGGCGCCUGGAUCCUUCACCGACUAGCAGACAAUGGCCUUCCUCUAGAUGUCUUUUUCCACGUCCGCCUCAGCUACUACAUACAAAGCUGGCUGCCCAGGUCCUAUAGAAUCAAGCUGAUGAAGGACAAACUCAACCAGAAGUUCUGCCACGACCUGUACCACCUGACUCCCGUGCACGAGCCUGACGCCACCCACCCGACGGUCAAUGAUGAACUGCCCAAUAGGAUCGCCGCUGGCAUGGUCAAGGUCAAGCCCAACAUACAGAGCUUCACGGAGAAAGGUGUGACAUUUGAAGACGGAACCCACGAGGAAGAAAUUGAUCUGGUUGUGUUUGCUACCGGCUAUAAAGUGGAAUAUCCAUUUAUCGAGAAAGGUGUACUAGAGGUGAGACACAACAAGGUGGAGCUGUACAAGUAUAUGUGGUUACCUGACCUGCCCAAGCAGACGAUCGCUUUUCUCGCCGUCUGCCAGCCACUGGGUGCCAUGUUUCCCAUCGCAGAACUGCAGAGUCGGCUCGCUGCUAGAGUAUUUAAGGUUUUAGAGGAUCGUUUUAAAAACGUAAUAGCUUUGAAACAAAUAGAUCUCUAA